CUUGCAAAGCGCAACAACCUCCGUCACCAAUUCCCAAAAAUCAAACAUCUACACAUCCCACCGCGAAUGCACUACUCCCAUACCUCCUACCCGUAAAAGCCAGUCCACGACUCCACCAUGGCCGACAAACUCCGCAAUCAACAGCAGCUCGAAAGCCUUGCGGCGCGAUACAUCGGCACGGGCACGAGCGACACCACCAAGUUCGAAUUCACGUCCAACAUGGCGCGCGACUCGCUCGCCUCCUACGUCGGACACCCGCCGAUGCUGCAGUACAUGAGCAUCGGUCUCGGACAGUCGAAGGAAAGGACGAGGAUCCAGAUGCUGGAAAGGAUGGUCCGGCCUGUUGGCAAUCCACCGGAGCAACAAGAUUGAAGGGGCGGUUCUGGAGAUUGAGUAACGACGACACAACGCUCGGCACGCGAGCACCACUAUAGCGUAGCCCAGCUCGACUUCGGCGGACGGGGUGCAAUUCCAACAAUGAACAUGGUCAAGGCCAGAUACAAAGGUAAACCCAAUCUACGCUUCUGCCAGCACAUAUCCGCACGAUGGACAGGGUACGCAAUCACCCAGCGCACGCGUAACCCUCUGGUGGUCUCUUCAUAGAUGCCUCGUUUGAUUAAACUGGAAAGCCUCUUUGGGCUUUAAAAUAUGAUACCCAUUCCUGAU